AUGCCCAUCUUCCAUGAUCCGUACGAAAGCCCGCCCCAGCGGCCGGCUUCCCAUGACUCGUCCUCCAGUGAUCCGAGAAGAGCUCGGAAUUCGAGGAAUGGCUGUGACAGGACGCUGCGGGACAGUCAAUCUUCGGCAAAGGUCGCCGAGGGGCCUUCCAGUUUCGAUGUUGGGCCGGCAGCGCUUAACCCUGGCCGGAAACCUUCCAUGCUCGACCGCGUGGAGCUCAUUGAGAGGAUAAAGAGAGCGAACAGCCCUACGUGGCAGCAACUCCAGAGCGUGAGUUGCCUCCACCGUCAUAGUGCCAGCCCCGGUUCGCGACCGACUUCUCAAGAUCGACCGAACACUCCCCUCCUACCUCCCGCAGAGAUCAAGGCUUCUCGACCUUCCACCCCAGACCCGCUGCGAGAUCAUGCCUCGGCAGGAAUGGAGAUUGAGCGCCCACGCUCAGCCCUCCAUUCUGGAGACUUCAGGGAAAAGAAGGAGCAUACUCAGUACGACAGAGAAUCACCGUCUGGCAUCCCUCUGGCUACCUCGCCGGUUGCCCCAUGGCAUCAGUCAUUCCCAGCCGCUGCACGUCCGUCAAGUCGCACCGAGUCACCCUACGCUUUUCGCGAUGCGCUGGACUAUGAGGCUCGUCCCACUACCCGAGCCCGAGCCAUAUCACAGUCGUCAUUCUCGUCGUUUGUCUUUCUGCCUCCGACUAGCCCGCUUGUACAGCAAUCAAACAACACUGACCUGGACUUCUCGUCACGACCAGGCUCCAGGCAGCCUUCCAAGAGCCCGGAGAGAAACAAUCGCCGCCACACCUUUUCUCCUCGCUCAUUUCAAGUCUUUAGAUCGGCGGACAUGGCAACAUCGGCCUCCGGUACUCCCGCAGCUCGUCAUCUAAGAAAGGAGACAACGGUCCCUUACCAAGCACAUCAACCGAGGCGAUCACUCAGCUCAUUUAACCAAUUCCAGCCACAUUCCAGCCCACAAAGCCCCUUCCUGAACUCACGGAGGCCGUCGUUCUCGUCAGACGCCUCACCCUUGCACCAUGCUCCUAUGGUCGGGUCAUAUGAGGAAUCGAUACUACGCGGGAGAAUGUCUACAACGCCUUCGCGGCCUCUCGACUUUAUUGCAAAAAUUGGGGUACUAGGGCGAGGGUCAUGCAAGUCAAACCUCCGAUGUCCACCCCACGUGACGGUUCCUUUUCCCGCGGUGUUCUACAGCUACAACUCCGGAAACGGCCGUAUAUUGGAUGAUUCGCCUAGUCCCUACGUAGGGCUCAUAGAUCUCGAGAACUCGCUCUCCCCACCAGAGGAAAGCAGUGAACCGAGCAAGCGAAAGCGGCGACACACCGUACCCCAUCCGGAUCAGGACGAUCUUGAUUUCCGGCAUAGCAACGGAGAAGAUGAAUCGUUGUACAGAUCGAAGGAGGAUAUCCGACGACGUGAGAAAAAGAAGAGAAGAUCAGCAUCACCGAAAGCUCCCCCAGGCGGCUGCUACCGUAUUUCCCAGCAAGGCCAGCUCCAGAUCGUAAUAAAGAACCCAAACAAAACGGCCGUCAAACUCUUCCUCGUCCCAUACGAUCUCUCUGACAUGGAGCCUGGCCAAAAAACCUUCAUACGCCAACGAAGCUACUCUGCAGGACCCAUCAUCGAUAUGCCCCUUUCAUCCCGCAAAAACCUGGGCACGGAUCGCCCGGAAGCGUCGCUGAGUAAUUCUGACGAUCCGAAUGAUCGGCCUACUCUGAGAUACCUGAUUCACCUGCACAUCUGCUGUCCGUCAAAAGGCAGGUAUUACCUGUACAAAAGCAUUCGAGUCGUCUUUGCGAAUCGUGUGCCUGACGGGAAAGAAAAACUCAGAAACGAGAUUCAAUUACCAGAGCCUCGGUAUAGCGCAUACAAGCCGACGCGGGAUUCCGUAGCGUCCACAUCCUCAGCUGCGGCGCAGCUCACAGCAGACAAAGCAAUCCGCCGUCGCAGCGCAGGUAUAUCCCUCUCGCAGCAAACCUGCGAUCAAUUGGACGGUCUCACUUCGAGACAACGGCCGUCGUUCCCUCCCCCAGCUGUCAAUUUUACAGGUGGGCCGUCCAACGAGUUCAGCUCGCAUAUGGCCGCGCUCGAGCCAAUUCCUUUCAGCUUGUCUCGUAUCCCUACGAUGCCAUCCCGCCCUGUGUCUCGAAAUCCGAUGGACAUUGACGCAAAUAGUCCGUUCAGGUCGUCCAUGCAUUGUGAGACGCUGACGGAUAUGGAAGGUCCCGGGAGUCCUUCAGGUGGAGGUGGAAUAUUUGAGAAGCUGAGCAGGGGCGAUCUUGGGUAUGGAGGAAACGCAUCCCGUGGCAUUAGUAGUCCGGCGAUGUCCCCGGGUCCCGGUCUACUAGCGAGGAGGCUAAAGGGGCUAGAAGUGGAGCGCGAUGAAGAGAAGGGCCGUGAGGAGAUGUAG